CCUGAAUCCCGUGAACAUGACUCACAGAUUGCAUCUUACACUUAUAAUACCACGAGCUCCGCCCCCAAUUCCCUUCAAUAACUUCCGCCUCUUUAAUUCAAAUCCCAAGAUGGAACACAAUCAGCAACCAGUCGCGCCCGAUACAAUGUACGGGCUCGAAGUUACGCCAGUAUCAAAAGUGUCGAUCAAAACAAAAAAGGCAAAGCCUUUUCUUCCUCUCAGCGACAGGAGGCCUAUUUUGUCGGAGAGAAUCUUGCUUCGCCCAUUCCAGGCCAGCGACUUAGACGCUUACCACCGCCUACGAUGCCAACCUGACGUUAUGAAAUGGACUGGUCAGGGCCGCCCGGAUGCAAACAUUGACGAGACGAAGAAGAGUAUGAGCCUUCUCACCCCCCCCGAAGGAGAUGCCGGUGACAUAUACGCAAUUACACUCCGCGAGACUGGCGAGUUUCUCGGCUCGGUAGGUAUCCGAUACCUGGACGGAGCCCUAGGAUGGCCGGAGCUUGGCUACAUGAUCCUUAAGGAGCAUUGGGGCAAAGGAUACGCUACGGAAUUUCUACGUGCGUAUCUCGAGCACUGGUGGGCUCUACCACGAGAGGAAACGGAAACCGAAUUGAAGGUCGAUACCAGGACACUCUCGGGCGAGGCGCCUGGGUCACUCGUCAAUGAAAGGUUGACAGCAAUUACUGGUGGAGAAAAUGACGCCAGCAAGAAGGUUCUCAACAAGUUGGGUUUUACGUUAGUAGCCGCUUAUAGGGAAGAGGAGGAAGAGGCCCAUUUAGGUCAAGUUGGGACCGGUUUCGUUCUGGCGAAGCCGUGACCGGGGGUGGUGACUGCCACUCCGCAACUGCCGUAGUGGAUAGGUCGGCGCGGAUGUCGCACUUCUAGGGACCCCGAGCCGAAGCCGAGUCGCGAGCAACCGCGUCCAGGA